UUUUUUCGAAAAGGAGGUUGGAACCCCUGGCCUUUGUAUCGAUGUGAUGCACACAGCCUUUCCUAGGUUCUACGUAGAACCAGGGAUGGCACCAAUGUUUGGUUGCAUCACUCGCUGGAGUUUGUUUCUCAGGUGUUGUUAGCUGAUUGUAAUCCUAUUCAUGGGUAACGAAGAUAUUCUCCUCCUCCACCCAAAAAAGUUGUACUGUAUGAUAUCAAGGAGUCAUUCUUAGCUUGAAGCAUUAGUGAAAUCUGUAAUUGACAAUCAUUGGAAGCAUGCAUGUCAGCUACGUCAAUGAAGCCUUACCCUUCUCUUUACUUUCAGUAUAUUACAACCAAUCAGUUCCUUUGGAGUAUUCUGCAACUUCCUGACAUUAUCCGUGCAUCCCUUCCUUUUAUCUGACUACAGUAUUACACAGGUCCCCUGAAGUAGUGUUCCUACCAUUUUGGCUUGCAGGUUACAAAAGAUGGCUGCCCAGUUAUCUUCCACGAUGACUUUAUCCUCACCCAAAGAACUGAGGCUUUAUAUGAAAGGCGUGUUACUGAUCUUCUACUGGAAGAGUUCCUUUCAUAUGGGGUACAAAGAGAAUCCCACAAGGUCUCCAAGCCCUUACUUAGACGGAUGGAAGAUGGGAGGAUCCUUACUUGGAGCAUAGAAGAAGAUGAUUCUCUCUGCACAUUGCAGGAAGUCUUCGAACAUAUCAGUCCCCAUCUGGGAUUUAACAUUGAGCUAAAGUUUGAUGACAACAUUAUCUAUCCGAGUGGCACCCUUAGCUGUGCUCUUCAAGCUGUAUUGCAAGUUGUUUUUCAGCAUGCUGGCACCAGGCCAAUCUUUUUCUCAACAUUCCAACCUGAUGCGGCACGGAUAGCACGGGAACUCCAAAACGUAUAUCCUGUACUGUUCUUAACAGAAGGGGGAACAGCUAAAUACAAUGAUGAGAGAAGGAACUCACUUGACCAGGCUAUCCGAGUAUGCCAAGAGUAUGACUUGCAUGGGGUCGUCUCAGAAGUGAGAGGGGUUCUGAAGAAUCCCUCAGCAAUUCUCAAAGCUCAAGAAUCCAACCUUGCAUUUCUCACCUAUGGGCAGCUCAAUAACGUGCGGGAGGCUGUUUACCUCCAGCAUCUGAUGGGUGUGAAUGGUGUCAUUGUUGAUCUAGUGGAGGAAAUCUCGAAUGUCGUGGCAGAAUUCAGUAAACCCAGCCUCAGCCAGAGCACGUUCAGUAACAGUUCUGGCAUAGGAAUGCACGAGGCCUUCUCACAGCAGCAGCUGGGGUUCUUGCUCCGGCUUAUACCUGAACUGAUUCAGCAACCACACUGAAGGAUGAAUAUAACACUAGUCUAGAAGAUUAUGGACGCUUUGUCACUCCUGGCCUCUGCAUCAAGGUGAUGCAUAAACUUAACUUAUCAGUACAACAUUUAUUACAAGUCACCAAAACAGUAUCCUAACGAAAAGAGGGAUCGACCAACAAAGAGAUUAUAAAAAGGUACUCCCCUUAAUAUAAGAUGUUUCAUCAAGCUAAUUUAGUUUGCCAAAGCGUCUUAUAUUAGGGAGCAAAGGAUGUAUUUGACAUGCCAUGCAAGAUAACUCUAAAGACUAAGAAGCCUAUCAUGGGCUUGCCAUCCAUACCAGGACAUAAACCUCUCACUCGAGCUUCAUGGCGUCUAGCUCGAUCAGUCCCCUGUGCUGCACCUUGUGUUACACCACCCACGACUACAGCAAGCUAGUACACGAUAGUAACAUGAAGAAUGAAGUUUCCUUUUGUCUUUCAUUGGUCCAGGCCAAGCCAAUAGAUUCACACUUUUGGAAGGGCAUCAUGAGAGUUAAAAAUAAUUUCAUUCAGCUAGUUCGUUUCGUUUUGAGAAAGGUGAAUUAGUUUGAUUUUGGGAGGACAAGUGAUUAGGCAUACACUGUCUUCGGUCUCAUACCUGGUACCCGUGACUUUUUAAUACUGUUAGACAUAAUCAUGCCACGGUAGCCAAUGUUCUUGGGACAACGAACUCUCAGCAGGUAAUCAGGCAGAUAUAAGUUGGACACUUCUAGGUCAAGGCUUAGCUGAUUGGAGCUAACUUAGUCGACUAGUUUUAAAAAGAUGGAAACGGCGCGUUGUCUGAAUUUCAUGUGUAGAGGCCGCCAGGCCGCAUCUACAUAAUGGGUGGGGCUGUUUGUGGAUUAGAAGAAGAAACUUGAAACUUAGUCUACCUGAAAUCAUAUGGCUUUGAGGUCCCUUUGCAGGACAUGCAGUUGCCCAUACCAGUAGUUACAUGGCAUACUUUUGGACCGCUAUAGCUUUCUUCUCUUAAGUCCGAAGGAACUCGGCACGUAUGGUUCUGCUUCUGCAUGUCCCACAGUCACAAGCACUGGAUGUGUAAAAUAACCACAAUUAUGUGCACAUGGUGCAUUGCUCAUUGUCCCUUUACCGACCUGAACCGAAUCCCUGACGCACCACCAACUCUUCCAAUUCAAGAAAUCCAUCUUUCGUGUGACCCUUCUCUAUCUAUACCUGGACAGGAAAAGGAAGGUGACUCACAUCACAUGUAUGCUUGGUCAGCAAAAAACAAAGCAGACGCUCAUCAUUUUUUCUCUCCUUCUGACCAUUAAAGAAAGACAAGGCCUCUCAUUUUCGAUGAGGAGCCUCACAACAGCUAAAAUUAGAAGAGACAACCUAUCACCUUCUGUCCUGUCUGUUUUACUUAGUCUGGCCUAGAAUAUUCAUAGUCUUUUCUUC